AUGGCUACCUUAAACGAGGCCCUGGGCUUAAUUGAUGACGUUGCUCAAGAACUCAAAUUCUAUGAUGCUGGUAUCUACAAGCAACUUCAAGAGCAGACCAGCAUUCAUCGGUGUCGAGAUAUCCUGGAAAGGGUCAAAACGGCUAUCAUGGCUAGGGACGCAGACGGCAACAUCAGAGCGGACAGUCUCGCUACGGAUGACUGGCGGAAGAUUGCAAACCUAGUGGCCCCGUUGGCGCGUUGCUUCACGGUGUCUUCUCCGCCAGUCACGCCAAGUUCCAAGACACGCCACAGCAGCGCGGUGGCCGUGGCCGCACUUGCACUUCUUUCCAGCUGCGGCCAGAAAUCGAAGAUUAUUGUCAACAGCGCUCUGGAGUCCGGAGUUGUGGAUGCAUUUGUUAAUACGCUGCGGACCAGCCUGCGCAACCCCGUAUCCGACAGAGUCAUCAAAGCUAUGCUCUACAAGAUCAUUGAGGCGCUCUGGGGCUUCAGCCUUUACGCUAACACGCAACUGCAACAAGAGCUUGUCGCACACGACGUCGUCAACAUUUGUCUAGACCUGAUCACUUCUUCCAGCGUUGAGGUUGAGAGCAAGAUCAACGCCAACAAGACGUUGUACAAUUUUCUUAACGGCUCCAACGGCCGUGUCGUGACAGAGCUGCGCUCCAGCAAGAUCGCCGCGCUCAACGGUCUGCUGCAACAGCAGGCAUCGCAGGUUCCGGAGCCGGCGGCGGCAGGUGCCCUGGCGCUGGCGGGCGGCACUUCUGGCAAGGUUGCCAUCACUAUGCCGGCGCUGCUGCCGCAUAUUAUGUCUUGGAUCUGGUUCCUUCCCCAUUACAUCCUCGACCACCUGAUGCAGUCCCUCGCGGGCCUGAUGCACAAGUUGGUGGUGCUGGUGUGGCCGGAGGGCUGUCCGGGGCUGCCGCUACUUCCAAGCGUCCCUGCCACCAACGGCCCCAACCGCCAACCGCCACCACCACCACAACCACAACAACAACAACUGGGUAGUCCCAAGCCGCGAAUGCCCUCCCAGCAGCAGCAGGCAAACAUCUCCUCGCCAUCGUCUUCUGCUGUUGGCCCGCUUCAAGUCGCCCAGGUCUCCUUGCCCAAUCGAACGUUCCAGAAGCUCCUGCAGGCGGUGUUCCGAACCAUCUCUUCGGGUCUUGCGGACGCGCGCCUUGUUGCCCUGCUGAGAGGGACGUCGUGCCUGGCGGCGGCGGCGGGGGGGCCUGACAGCGGCAGUGGAGCCGACACGCACUCAGACAUCGACAUGCUGGACGCCGACGGCGGUGCUGCUGCUGCUGCUGGCGGGGGAGGUAGCGGCGGCGAGGGUGAUGAGGAUGUGCACGGAAUGGCGCUGUCGUAUGGCGGCAGCAGACGAAGGCGGCAGGGGCAGCAGCAGGGGGUGGUGCAGCCGACGGCGCUACCUGCGCGGCUCGUGCGUGUGGUUCGGGAGGGCCGGUCGGAUGGCAUGGAGACGCGGGUGGCGCUGGAGAUCCUGGACGAGCUCUUUGCGUGCGACGCCAAGGGCGAGCAUCCAGAGUUGGCGGAUGAUGCGUUGGCGGCUGGGUUGCUGAAGUCUAUGUCGGAAAUGGGGGUGCUGCAGUCGCUGAAUACGGAGGGUGGCAUGGCGGCCGUGUCCGCGUAUGUCAGGCUGUGCCUGAAGCUGAUCCGACGGGUGCCGUACACGCCGGGUCUGGCAAGCUGGCUACACGACAGCGGCGUACCUGCCAGCCUCGCGUACGUGUCGUUUUGGCCCACCAGUCGACUCUGCUUGAAGCUGGAUGCUUUGCAGACACUGAACGAGCUCGUACAAGUGGAUACGGAUAUGACCGAGCACGUGGUCACCAUCAAAAACUUUCCUGCCGCACUCGCCAACACACUGCUUGGGGGAGAUCCCGACAGCAAGAAGUCGUCCAAAAAGAGUGGCUGGUAUUACCGAUCGAAGAAGAAGGGCAGUAGCAGUGCCGCCGCCGUUGCGGCCGCCGCCGCCGCAGCAGCAGCUGCAGCCGAUGCAGUGCAUGCUUCUGGGAUUACCAUCCAGGCCAAGAGCCAUCGAGAUCAGAUCCCGGAAGCCGCGUUAAACAUUCUGAACACCGUGCUGGAUGAGUCCAGAGAGAGUGACAAGGUGUGGGAGACGGUUAUCGAGUCCGGUAUGUUGCCGCGGCUGCUGCAGCACUGCGGCGACUCCAGCAUGCCGCCCGGCCUUCUUGUUGAGCUGCUCCUCGCCGUCGGACUGACGUUCAAGGAUCACGGAGAAGAUGCCGCGACUGUGGGGCCGCUACAGGCGGCCUGUGCGCCACACCUGCUGCCGCUGCUCACCCACGAAAGCGCCGUCGUGGCCUCCACCGCGUCGAGACUCCUUUGCGACAUCUUGUUCGACAUGGCCAGGUACCGCAGCGGCUCGACUGACGUAGCGGAAGGCGAUGACAUUCUCAAGGCGCUGGUGGCAGCGGGACCGGCUAUAGACACCGCUGAUGCCGCGGCGGCGGCGGCGGCGGCGGCCAAAGUCACGGCGGCGGCGCUGCCGACGGCGGCGGCAGCGGCAGCGGCUGCUGCAACGGCGGUUAAAGACGAAGAGGCUGGCGGCGGCGGCCGCCGCGGCGGUGCGUCGCCUGGUGGGUUGCAGCGGCCGGCGCGCCCAGACGUAGACGCGGUUGGGGUUGUGGGCGUUUGUGGUGAGGAGGCGGUGUCGCCGGAAGGGGCGGUGACGGUGCUGGACCCUGGGGCUGUGUCACCUGUUUCAACGGCGGCGGCGGAGUCCCCGGGGGGUUCCGUCCAGGGGGAUGGGAUGAUGGAAGUGGAUGCGGCAACCACUACUGCCAACAUUACCACAGCCUACUGCACGAACACCGGUACAGCGGCGCCGGCGGCGUCAGCGUCAGCGGCGCCGGCCGAUGCUGGUACGGCGGCCGGUGCCGUCGGCAACAGCGGCACGACAGGCAGCGGUGCCGCCACUACGGCAGCCGCUACUGCACUACCCGCCGCCGCGGCGGCGGCGGCGGCGGCCCCCCCAGGACGAUCUGGUUUGGAAGGUGUUAACGUCACUUCCCAAGGGCUGUGCCUAAUAAGUACGGCCAUUCAGACCUGUACACGGGCGGUGUUGCGGAGGGUAGGGGGGACGUCGUCGCCGGCGCUGACGCAGACGGCAGUGACAGUUACGACAACAACGACUGCUGCAGCGUCGCCGUCGGGCAAGGCUAGCGGGCGGGACAAAGCUGCUACUGCCGCCGCGGCGGCAGCGCCGGCGGCUGUGUUGGAGGGCCCUUCGUACAACACCUUGGAAGCGCUUUUGCAGAGCUGUCGGGUGCUUUGUGAAGCCUGCUUGCAAAUGCCGGCCCAUGGUGCCGUACGGCGGCACAUCGCGCGCGCGUUUGCGUAUGCCAGGCCGGCAGUGGACGAGCUGGUGGCGGGUUUGACGGCGCUGCCGAACUCCUCGUCGGGCCAGAUGUUAUUGCGCGAGGCGCGGGAGGUUCUGCAAGUUCUUCGGAGGGUGCCCGUGCUUGACGUAGCUUCUCUGCCUCAGCUUCACGUGCCGCCGGCGCCUGCCGUACACUACAUCGUCAAGACGGGGGAGGCGCCCGUGCCGGCUUCGGCCACCAUCCCGGCGAAGAAAGGACUGCCCUUGGAGCGCGCCCGCUCGUCAACCGUCGCCACCGACACCGCUGACGCCGACGCUAUCAAGGUGAAACCCGACCGCCCCGGCGGCGGCGUGGCCAAGCGGGCGGAUUCCGUUUCAGCUCCGGCCGCUCCAGCGACGGCGGCGGCGGCGGCGGCAGUAGCGACGGCGGCGGCGGCAGUCAAGAGUCCCAACGGCGGCGCAACGCGCCCUUCGGUGCGAAAAGGACAACGGCGGGACGGGGGAGCGACAGAAGUAGCAGCAGCAGCAGAUGGACUCACUGGCGGCGAUUGCACCGGAUCGGUAAUAGGUGGCCGACCGAGAAGGGGACAGUCGCGGAGCGUCGUCAGCGCUGCCGCCAAGGAAGGAAGAGGGCUAGCGGACGGAGCAGCGGGUGCUGCUGUAUCGUCGGGCGCUUCAGGAGCUGCCGCCGCGUCCGGCGGUCGGGAUGCUGACGUGGCAGCGAAUCCCGAAAAGACGGAUCGGAAGAUGGACGAGAGGGACGACAUGGCGUUAGUUCGCCCAGGGCUAGUACCUGCUGUGGACGCGUCCACGCAGAUGGGCAUCUCCACGGCGGCGGCGGCGGCACUUCAAGAAUAUCCCAGCUGUGUCCCCCUGGAGCUUCGAAACAGCUUUGGCGCCGCCACAGGCUCUCUCGCUGCUCUUGGAUCUGUGACCGCGACGACGACGACGAUGAUGGUGACGACGGCGGCGAAGGUGGAGGCGGGCGUGGGCGCAGGUACCGCGGGACCUGCGGUUGCCGACGAUCGCCAAGGUGCCGGUGGUUUCCCUGGCGGUGUCCCCGGCGGUGCCGCCGCCGCCGCCGCCGGUAAAUCUCGCGUCAACCCCGCGGAGAUCCGCGCGCGGUACCUCGAACUGAAGGCGCAAAACGCCCGGAUGGCUGCGGAGUUGGCGGAGCUGCGGCGCGCCAAAGAGGACGUCGAGGCGGUGCAGCAACGCACGGCCGCCACGUUGUCAUCUCGGACAGAGGAACUGGCACGAGUGCUACAAGAGCUUGAGGAGAAGGACCAGGAGCUGGAGGACAAGAGUUCCAAGCUGGAUGCAGCGCAGGAACAACUGGCCGAGGUGACCGCGGCGCUCCAGGGGCGCGACACGGAGCUGAAAGACAAGGACCGGGAGCUAGAGGCUGCGGGGCAGCAGCUAGCCCACCUGACUGCCGAUCUACAGGAGGCGCAGGGGAAGAUUGCCAAGUUGGAGGCGGCGGUAGCGGGGGCAACCGGGGGCCUGCAGCAGCUUAAGUCCGAGAACGCCGACUUGCGGGCGGAGCUGGCGGGUUUCCAAAGCUUAGCUGACCUUGAGUAG